AUUGUAAUAUUUGUUUUAUGRAGACGGAGAAACAAAAAAAGAAAUUUGAUGCACUUGAUUGUAGCCCUCCCCCCUUGAUAAUUUUGUUGUCAAAUCAACACAGAGAUUGAGGAAAUCGAUGAUGUUAGAGGCUCUGCUAAGUCAUCGCUGACUAAACAUAACGAUGACCUUACUAAAUUAGAGGGAGUUUCGCUAAAGUGUCAGCAAAUUCCACGAUCAACAUGAAAGAUUCAUACAACAUUGGUCGUCAAUGUAAAAUAUGGGAAUGACAAUGUCGUCUCUCAAUCAAUGGACGUGCCAGCACUGCACCUUGAAAAACUCAUCCGAACAAUCAAAAUGCCAAGCUUGCGACAAACCUAGGCGAGGAAAUGCUACMGAUUGGGCAUGUAAAUAUUGUAGUUUAGAGAAUCCAAGUUAUAGAAACAGAUGCGAGGCUUGUAAUUUUCAGAGAAACGACAACCAACAGGUCAAAGAUGGCACACUUGCUAAAUCUUCUGGUUCGUUKAGCGAAUCCAUAGCGAAAUUCUUWGGAUUGGGUGGAAAAGAAUGGACUUGUUCAAAAUGCACUUUAAAAAAUCCUCCCUCUCAGUCAAAAUGUGCUGUAUGUAAUAGCAAAAAGCCAGAAGUUGUAGAGAUUCCUGAUGAUGUUCAAGACUCUCCUUCUGCUACCACGAGUACCAGUGUAAAUAGCCAAAGAACUAGACUUUAUCCAAAUUUAGAAUUAGAACUAUCGAAAAUCGAGUGUGAUGCAAAUAUUGCUCAACAGAGUCCCGAAAUUAUACUCAAAUGUCCAAGAUGUCAAACACUUCUCUAUGAUAAUGCAAGCAUGCAUUGUACUGUUUGUGGAAGCCUUUGUGAAAGUGAAGGCUUCAAACCCCGACCGUUCCCAUCAUCCUCUGUAAGUACUAGCCCUGAAUCAACACCCUCAGCCCUUCCUGGACAAUGGAACUGUCCAGGAUGUACAUUUGCUAAUGAUAAUUGCCGAACAGUAUGUGAAAUGUGUCAUACUGAGAGAGAAAUCAAAGAAAAUGAUAUUAGUUGUGAUCAACCUGGAAGACAGUUAAAAGCAAGAGGACCUAGCGCUGCUGACCCAGUUGCAUCAACAUCAGGUUUACAAAAUUUAAGAGAAUGGUCUUGUAAAUCAUGUAGUUUGCAAAAUUCAGAGACUUCUCUUGUAUGUGCUUCUUGUGGAACAAAGAGAGAUACAAUACAAGAAGAACAACUUGACUUGGAUGAUGAUGUAGUGGAAUUGAACAUGGAUCAUAAUGUAGCUCCUCCAUUAAGCCCUGCUAGAUUACUUCAAAGACAAACCAGUGUCUCUGUGGAAUCAAGAAGAAUUAGAGAUGAAGGACUUGCAAAAGAUCAAUUAAAUGAGAUUGUCAAGUUCUGCAAAAAUCAAAAUAUCCCAUUUAUUGAUGAUUCAUUUCCACCUUUACCCAAGUCACUGUACUUCAAACCUCGUCACUCUGAUCACCCGAGAGUAGCCCAAUGGCUUAGGCCAAAUGACAUUGAUAAAUUUAGCCGUGAUUCCAAGUCAAAGCUAGCUUGGGCUGUAUUUAGGAAUCCAAGACCUUCAGAUAUCUUGCAAGGAGUACUGGGAGAUUGCUGGUUUCUCAGUGCCUUGGCAGUUUUGGCAGAGCGACCAACCCUUUUAGAACACAUUCUUGUWACAAGAGAGAUUUGUUCAGAGGGAGCAUACCAGGUCAGGCUYUGUAAAGAUGGCAAAUGGACUAUCAUCUUGGUAGAUGACUUAUUACCUUGUAACAUGCAUGGGAAACCUGUUUACUCACAAGCAAAUCGUAGACAAUUGUGGGUUCCUUUAAUAGAAAAAGCAAUGGCAAAGCUUCAUGGAUGUUAUGAAGCACUCUCAGCUGGUAGAUCUAUUGAAGGUCUUGGCACUCUAACAGGYGCUCCCUGUGAAAGUAUCAUGUUACACAAGCAGCAACAUGAAGGUGCAGAUGCGGAACCAGUCGAUGUUCACAUGAUUUGGGCUCGACUACUGAGUUCAAAGUCAGCUGGAUAUCUAAUGGGCGCUUCGUGUGGAGGUGACUCUCAACCUGAAGAAGAAUCUACYUACAACAAUGUUGGACUUCAGACUCAUCACGCAUACUCAGUUCUUGAUGUGAGAGACGUUCAGGGACACAGACUUCUACGAUUGCGAAAUCCUUGGGGUCGUUUUUCUUGGAAGGGAGAGUGGUCUGAUGCAUCAGCUGCUUGGACACCAGAAUUAAGACACGAAUUGAUGGCUCAUGGAGCUGAAGAAGGCGUCUUUUGGAUUUCCUUGUCAGAUUUCAUGAACUAUUUCGAUUCCGUGGAUGUGUGUAAAGUGCGCGAGGGCUGGACCGAUGUGAGAGUAUCAGGAUGCUUCCCUCCAUUCGCCAAUGGACCGGCUAAGAUUGCCAUGGUUACUGUUUUCGCGCCAACUGAAUUAGAUUUGUGCCUGUUUCAAGCUGGAGUAAGAGGUGUCCAAGAAAACAAACGAUGUCCUCUUGAUCUACUGGUCAUUGUUUCUCGCGCUUCAACUGGAAAGGGAAGCUCACCAAAGCCAGUGUCUUAUAUGAUGAGCAGCAAACGACAAGUCAAGUCGAAUGUUAUGUGCAGCGGAAUCUUAGAAGAAGGAACAUAUAUGAUAGUGUGUACAGCGUUCAACCACUGGGCAACGUCCCAACAAGACGACAGUGGAUUUGCAGCUAUUUGUGCAAAUGAAGACACUUUUCCUAGCUAUAUAUUUGCAGUGCAUAGCUCGAAAGCCGUGCUGGUUGAACAAAUUCCRAUGCCAGAAUUUUGUCUGGCAGAUGUUAUUCUUGAUUUGGUUAUAAAACAUGGUAAAAGACACGAGGGUAUCGAUGGUGUAACGUGUUAUUUCAUGGCCAAGGGAAUGGCUGGGUUAGUCGUCGUUGCUGAAAACCGUCGUCCUGACCAUUUUCUUUACGUUGACUGUGAUUGUAGCGACAGUUUUAACAUCGUAUCCACCAGAGGAUCGCUGAUUGUCGCUGAUAGUAUUCCACCACUGCAUAGACAAGUUCUUAUUCUGUUGACUCAACUCGAAGGGGCUGAUGGUUUUGCAGUAUCACACAAGCUUAGUUUCCGUGUCACGCCGGACGUUUUCGGGUCACACCACGUCCCGCCACUUACAAACGUUACAAUGGGACUUCAUAGUGCCAGACCACUUUAAAUAUCUCAAGAUCUGAAUCGUAGACCUAACGCGUUGUCAUGUACGUUAACAUCCAAUCAAAUCCUUCGGAAAAAAUAACUUUUGUUUCUAAGAAUUCAUCUGUGAAAUGACAAUACAACGAACAAUGAAACUUACUCCCGGGUGGUUUGAUUCGGGGUGGAAACAUUUAUAGCAACGCGUUAGUCUAUUAUGGUUUAAUAUUCAAAGAUUAUAAAGUAGUUGUGAUCAGAUUAUAACAUAUAAUAUACUACGGGAGAUAUAUGAAACUGAAAACAAUAUUCCCAAAAAAUGUUUUUUAUUAACUACCGCAUGCAGCCCGUAAGUCAACAUGCAUAUCUACAACUGUUGUACUUAUUCAAACCAAUUGCUUUASAGUCUUACUACAAUUGUAGUCAUGCUGUAACAAUGAUAUGUAUUAAUUGGCGAAUGCAUCAGUCUCGUCUUUGAUUGUGCUUUGUACAUGGUAUUUAAACAAGAAUAUCGAACUAUAUAUAUUGUAUUCUGUUAGUAUAUUUUAUUUGAAGGUUAAUUAUAAACAAACAAACAAUCAUAACAUAUACAAGCUGUAUAGAUGCACAUUGAAUAAAUCUGUUUUACAUUUGGUAAAAAUUUUCGGUCGACAAAACACUAAUAUAAAGUGCAAAGUAGCUACAUUGUUUGUUUUCCUGACAAGAAAUUAGUUCCCAAAUGCAAUAAAUAAAGUUUAUUAGCUGAUGAUUAAACCAUUAGCUUAAAUCAA